AUGUUACAGGACACAUAUCCCCUCCAGAUCCUCAUUGAUUCUGGUGCUGAUGACAAUUUCAUUGACUCUGGCAUCAUCUCUAAGUUGUCCAUUCCCACCGUUGAACUGGCUAAUUCCAAAGAAGUUCCAGCUGAGGGGGUCGAUAUCUCAUCUGUUCCUAGCGAGUACCAUGACCUUAAACUUGUGUUUAGCAAGGAUCGUGCCCUCUCUCUGCCACCACAUAGGCCCUAUGACUGCGCUAUUGAGCUGCUCCCUUACCCACAAAAAAAACUGUACAACCUCUCCAGGCCGGAGAAAGAGGCCAUGGAGAAGUAUAUUGGGGAAUCCUUGUCCACUGGCAUAAUUCGUCCUUCUUCCUCACCUUUCGGGACUGGCCCGGUUCCAUCAACCAGGAAGCAGCUGCAGAGGUUCCUCAGCGCUCCUGUCCUCAUUCACCCAGAUCCAGAACUCCAAUUUGUGGUGGAGGUUGAUACCUCGGAUCUAGGUGUCGGGGCAAUCCUUUCCCAGCGCUCGUCCCAGGAUCAUAGACUCCACCCCUGCGCCUACUUCUCUCGUCGCCUCACACCUGCAGAGAGGAACUAUGAUGUGGGGAAUCGGGAACUUCUAGCCGUUGUGCUAGCCCUGCAGGAGUGGCGACACUGGUUGGAGGGUUCUGUAUGUCCGUUUAUCAUUUGGACCGAUCACAAGAACCUGUCCUAUUUACGUUCUGCUCACAGGUUGAACUCCCGUCAGGUUCGGUGGAAACUGUUCCUUGGAAGGUUCAAUUUCACUCGUGACCUGCCGCUCCAGACUGAGUCGCGCAAGUUGGCCCCAAGAUAUAUUGGUCCAUAUGCAAUCGAACGUGUCAUAAAUCCCAGUGUCGUCCGCCUUAGCCUUCCUCCUGCUCUCAAGGUACAUCCCUCAUUCCACGUGUCUCUGCUCAAGCCCUUUGUCUCUAGUCCACUCUCUCCUCCGGCUGACCCUCCCCCACCUCCCCGGUUCAUUGAUGAUCACCCUGCAUUUACAGUAUGCCGGCUGCUGGACAUUCGGCGGCGUGGUCGGGGUUUCCAAUACCUUGUGGACUGGGAGGGAUAUGGUCCCGAAGAACGGUCCUGGAUCUCAAAAGCCCUUAUCCUGGACCACACCCUCCUGGAAGAUUUUAUAGGGAAUUCCCUGACAAGCCAGGAAGGCCGCCAGGAGGC